AUUUACUACAAUUUUAGUCAUUGAAAAUCGUCGUUCACUUGUGUUAACGCAACGUGCAUAUUGUCGAAAAUAUCGUGGCAAACAUGCACCGUCUGACAACACUAUCCGUCGUUUGGUUUCGAAUUUUCUUGAGUACGGGACAGUGGGAGAUUGUCAACAUACCUUUCAUCAACGACCAAGACAUUCCAAUAAACUGCUGAAGCGGUCAGAGACAGCGUUGCCCAGAACCCAAAA